GAACGGACGAGUGAUGCCAUGCUUGCUACUUGCUAUUUGUUUACGAUAGAGUGAGAGAGAGAGAGAGUGGUGUAAAACGCGCGUGCGUGUGUGUCCGCUGAAUGAGUACACUACUUAUUUGUUUUGUUCGUAUAUAUACUCAGCAUACGUAAAAAACUAGUUUACAAUUAUUCAGGUUCUCUAGUUAAUUUUUUAAACCCUAUUCAGAAAAGAGUAAAAUGUGCGAAAAACAUUUAAGCCCGCGUCGAGCACCAAAAUAGCUUCCUGCAAUUUUGUAGUGCACGCAUACUUAUCACGCAUUUCGCGAGAGCGACACACACACACACGACGCGUCAGUUCGCACUUCGCAGUACAGGCACCACCACCACCCCUCCCCCCUCUCCGUGUAAGUGUAUAUUGUGUGGUGAGCUGCUAUUUAUGGUCGUUGAAAAAGUUUUGGAAAAACAAGACCGAAUUUACGUUGAAGCAAGUCCUGAAAUUUGGAAACUUGAGGAUUAUGUAGACCCGAAGGAAAUCGAUUAAAGUCCAAGUGAUGUCGAGGUUUAUCUGUACCCUCGUAUCGUAUAGGUUAUGUUGCUGCUUCGUUCGUAGAGGAGAAGUCUAAACACUCGAUAGCUUGAGAAAAACUUGGUCAACGUCAAAGACAUCAGUUACUUUGAGAGACCAGUCGGUACUAGAGGUAGUGGCCUCAAUGAAACUCGCGGCUUUGAAGUGCUUCCCCGAGCAAGUGGUAGUAGCAGCAUCGGCAGUUGGGAGAGGAAAAAACUAUACUACCAGCACGCUUGAAUCCACGUCAACUGAUGUACGAGAAGUGCGAGUCUAUCAUUGCUAUCAUCGGAAUUCGUUGCCGGUAGCGAGCGUCUGCUCCUUUUCGUCAUCGAGUUGAAAAAGAGCUGCGUCUUGUUGCACGAAUGGAUGAUGCGCGCUGGCGAUGAACGGCAUGGAAAGACAUGGACGUGGACACGGCCACUCGCACUCUCAUCACCAUCACCACCAUCAUCACCACCGAUCUUCUUCGUCCUCCUCCUCGUCGUCGCAUCACCACACGCAGGGUGGUUCUAGUGCUGGUAGUAGCUCUUCAGUGGCGCAUCACCAUCACUUGCCACCACCGUCGUCGUCAUCUUACAGCAACAGCAGCUCCCACAAUGUCUCUCACAAUUCUAAUACUGGGCCCCAUCACCAUCGUGAUUAUCACCACUACCAGCAGCAGCACAAUUCAAAGGAGCUGUAUCACCAUCAUCCGAAGGAACUGCAGCACCAUUAUCCCAAAGAUCUACAGCAUUACCAUUCCAAGGAACUGCAGAAUCACCAUCCCAAAGAGCCGCAGCAGCACCACUAUCACCACCAUCCCAAAGAGCUGCAGCCUCCACUGCCCAGCGGAAAGCGCAAUUACGGUCAAUCGCAUUUACAAAAAGAGCCACCUACAGUCGCAGCGACCACUGUUGGUGCUGGCACUACUUCUGGUGGUAGCUCUGCCGGUGCUGCGACCUCCUUGACGCAAAAAUUUAGAAAUUGGAAGCUCCUGGUGGAUCCGUUUCUCAAGAAAGGAGCUACCAAAGUUUAUAGAUACGAUGGUUUUGUUCCCGGUGAUCCCACUUAUCCUGAUAUUCAGGUAAGGGAUCCGCGCUCACAGCUGACUAGAAUAUGGACAAGGGUGGAACAACUUGAUUUGCCAGUACCUAGGUUCAAAAUAGAUUCUAAUUACUGUGGAGAUCCUCCACCGUUGGAAGUGACUUUUUGCCAUUUAAAUGACAAUAUUGACAGGACGUUUCUUUCUGAUAUGGUUCAUAAGUUUGGUCCAACAGAAGAACUUACAAUAUAUUAUCAUCCAGUAACUAGUAAGCAUCUUGGAAUAGCUAGAGCUGUGUUUGAAACUACUAAAGCUUCUAAAGCGUGUGUAGAAAAAUUAAAUAGUACGUCUGUGAUGGGUAAAGUGUUAAAGGUGUUUCUCGAUCCUUUUGGUAAAGAAUGCAACAAACAUUAUCAUGACUUAACACUUGAAAAGAAAGUUGAGAAAAACGUUGAAAAAAAAGCGAAAGAAGAGCCUAAGUCACUGGUCAAUGUUAUUCCACCAACACCACCCAUCAAGACUGAUGUAGAACCGACUAAAAGAACACAAACAACUCCAGUUGUUGAUAAAGCUCCAACUGUAACCGCAGAUGAAAGAGAUGAUUACAGUAGGCAUAAUAAAAAGUCAAAUAUCGACAAAAGUAGGGACUCUUAUGUAGAAAACUCGAGAUUGACAAACAAAGGAAGUUCGUCCUAUAGAGGUGAUUAUCCAACUCCAAGUGUUACAAGUGCUAGUAAUAGUGAUUUAGGUUAUGGCGCAGGAGCCAGUGAUAUAAAUUACCCAGCUGGUUUCGCGCAAAAUUCUACGCCAGUUGGUAAUUACGAGUACUAUUAUGGUAAUUUUCAUCACCACCACCAUCAUCAAGCACAACAAUCGCAUCAUGUACCGCCAAACCAGUCAACCAACUUCAUUGGUGGUAUACCUCCGGGAGUCCCCCCACAACUCCCGACAGCUCCUGGUGUCUGGUGGCCUAAUGCAACCGCGCCGGAUACUCGAGGUGCCAUUUUCCCACCAAACACGUCAUGGCCUCCACCAGCGACCCUUGCACUGCCAGACGCCUCCAUGGUUGUGAUGCCCACACAAUCUGCCAGGGUAACUCCUCUUUCCUCCGCGACCGAGCUUUCCUCCACAAAUGCAAAGCAGGCUUUAGCAUCGAAAAAAAAGGAUCCGGCGUUUGGAACAGCUACUGAGUCUCCAGCAGAUUCUGACACAUCAGCUGUGCACACGCCAACCAAAGAUUUGAGGAAUGAGUCUCCCGAUGAAUCGCGCAAAACUCUAGAUCUCGAUACGAGGAUAGCGAUGCUGCUGAAAGACAAGGCCGGAGGAAUGGCUCCGCCGUUUUUGCAAUUUGGCAGUGACUCGGAAGACGAAAAAAAAUCGAAUGCGGAUGAAGAAAUGUUGUCAGAGCCACCAAGUCCUUUCAUAACUCAUGCAGCCUACGAAGAGUGUUUUCAGAAACAAGUGCAGCGCAACAGAGAUAGGCGUAGGGUGCGUCAGAACAGUCUUAACCAAAUACCAAAGUCGGCAGGUGUUGAUGAGGAUCUUGGUAGCAUUAUCAGUUCCAGCGAGGAUGAAUUCCUUCUGGGCAGCUAUAGUCCUGCUGCUGCUGCUGCUGCUGAUGGUGAAAAAACUAAAGAGUUAGAACCUUCCAAAGAGCAACCUCCUUCAUCAACCUUAGAUGAUGAUAUGUCUCUCAGUCCGUUGAGUUCUGGUGAUGAAAAGAUAGAAGAGUUCAUAACAGUAGAAAAGUGUAUUUCUACCUUCGAUUCGAAGAUUGCAACCCACGAUGCCGCAAAUCAGCUGUACCCAAGUUAUUCGACUAUGGCGCAUCUGUCGCAUUACCCGACUCCUCCAAUAGUCGCAACGACAACAGGACACCAUCAAGUCUACUCUCAGCCACCUCUAAUGCAACAGCCACAACAGCAGUGGCCACGGCCCGGCCCGUAUCCAUAUCCAUACCCGGCCACUGCAGCAGUUGCAGCUUACUUGCCAAAUCAGUAUCAACCAGCUGCAGCCGCUGUAGGUGUACUCCAUGGUGUACCGGCUCCUGGCAUUGGUCUGGGACCACCACCACAAAACAGCGGCUACUAUCAGAAUUUCCAAUCAAGAUUGCAAGCAAUGGCCAACCAAAGCAUUACUAGGGACAAUCCGCAGGGACCUACCAUCAAUGGUGUUCUUACUCGGGUUGUCGACGAAUUAAAGCAAAUUCUGAAGAAAGAUUUCAACAAGAAGAUGGUCGAGAAUACGGCUUUCAAGUUAUUCGAAGUCUGGUGGGAGGAGCGUAAGAAUACGGAAAAGAAGCCUGCUGCUGGCAGUGCUGCUGUUUCCGUGCCAGUAGCUGCUCCAGUUCCUGAGGCUCCACCGCCAGCUCCAACGAUCCCUGUGGCACCAGCUGUCAAAGAAGAGCAAAAGAACAUCACAUCGGUCUUUGAACAGGCGACCACUCCAAUAGGCUUAAAUUACGAUGGUUUUGGUCUGGGAAUCAGGGCUAGCAUGCCAAAAAUGCCGUCCUUCAGACGUAAAAUUAAAGCUCCCAGUCCAGUCGCGGCGCAAGAUGAAGACAGUCGAUUGUCUGCCGAUGGUCGCAUUAGUGAUAACAACAAAGAACCCCUUACCGAGCCUAUUGAUAGUGACAGCGAUAUUGAGUUGGAGGACACUUCUCAGAAAGCUAUUAUCAAGAGGCCGAUCGCAAAUAUUCCCAGCACAUCGCCCUCGUCUUCCUCGACCUCAACAUCGUCUGAUGAAGAUCAGAGUACCUCCAGCAGCAGUAGCAGUAGCACCAGUAGUAGCGAUUCGUCUAGCUCUAGUGAUAGUUCAGAUGAUGAGUCCGAUGAAAAGUUACCAUUGGCAAAAGACAGCCAAAAUCCAGAAAUUCUCAUAGAAUUGGCAAUUUUGCGGUCACUGGAAUGUCGAACGCCUGUGGGUGGUCGUUGUACACCUAUUCCAGAUUUUGAAGUAAUACAAGAUGACUUCCCACUGAUCGAAGACGACGAUGAAGAGACCGACGACGACAUCGAAAUGUGCGAGUACUUUGCCGCCCAAGUUCAAGAGGCAAAGGAGAUAAAGGAUAAAUUGAUGAACAAAGAAAAACUUGAAGCUCUGAAAGUAAGUGAAGCUCUUCCUCUGCCGUCCACAGAAUGGUGUGCACGUACUCCAAAAAAGCAAAAUGGAGCAGCACUGCGAACAAACAGUCUGGGCUCCGGCACGCGGACGCCACCGCUCGAGAGGAAGAGCAAGUUUUCAGCGUUCGGUAGACUCUUCAAGCCGUGGAAGUGGAAACGGAAAAAGAAAUCAGACAAAUUUGAGGCCGCGUCAAGGUCUCUCGAAAGGAAAAUCUCUGUUCGCGCAAACAGAGAUGAGCUUGUACAAAAAGGAAUAUUACUGCCCGAAAGCCCCUCGUCGCCCAUUUCCGAAAACAAGCCAGCCUCAUCUUUUGUAGUCGAAAAAAAGAAAAUAGAUCAAUUUUAUUAUUCUUACUGGCAUCAAAUAGAAUAG